GUGGAGAGCACCCUAUUUCGGGUCCCCAGAUAUGUGUUCGAGGAUAGCUCUGAUGUUAUUCGUGACAUGUUUCUCUUUCCUUCCGGCGCUCAGGCUGCCGAAGGCUUGAGCGAUGAAAGCCCAAUUACACUCCAAGAAACAUCGAGCUGGGACUUCAAACAACUCUUACGAGCCAUGUUUUGUCGGUAUGUUGAAUGCACACCACCCACGACCUUCGAUGAAUGGGUGGCUGUUAUCAAGCUGACCCACCGAUGGGAGAUGACUGCCCUUUACCAGUUCGCGGUGAAGCAGGCUCACAGGCUACCCAAUGUGGAUCCCGUAGAGAGGCUCGUUCUCGCGCGCACUUAUGACAUCCACGAUUGGGUGCGCCCCGCUAUCUACGAUAUCCUACGUAGAGAAGAGCCUUCUCAGCCACUCUCGCAGAAGGAUGUGGCCAAGCUUGGGUUAGACGUCGUUCUCGAGCUCGCAAGGACUCGAGAG